AUGGCUCGCUGUGUCGUAUGCGAGAAAGACUCGUCGCGCUACCGGUGCCGGAUGUGCCGCAGUCCGUACUGCUCCGCCGCCUGCCACAAGGCACACCGCGACCCUGACGCACUGAAUCACUGCUCCAAGCUGCGGCAGCCCGGCACUGACGAGGAGCCGCAGCUGCAGAAGGAGGAUGAGGCAACGGUUGCUGUUGCACCUGGUGUGGUGGGUGAAGUGCGGAGCAUGAAACGUGAGCGCGAAUCGGACGGAAGCUUCAUCUACGGUGAGCGGGAUGAGGACGGGGAACUCGUGGUUCUCGGCGAGGCGCACCUAGCGGCGUUGGCGCAGAACGCCGGUAUUCGCAAGAAGCUACGUAGCGAGGAGCUGCAGCGGCUGUUGCGCGUGAUCGAUUCGAGCCGCUCAUGCAUUGACGCAUUAGAGGCGGCGAUGGCGAACACGCCGGAGUUCAAAGCGUUCUGUGACGAUGUGCUGGGCGCUGUGGCAGCCGCAGAGAGGGACCUCAAGCCGCGGGUGCUGUGA